AUGACUACAUCUGGUUCAAGUAGAACAUCAAGUCAACCACUAGGAGGCCUCCAACGCGGAAAGGCGUGCAUUGCGUGCAGACGUCGAAAAGUGAGGUGCGAUGGUGCCCGACCGGUGUGUGGUCAAUGCAUCCGUGGUAACAGGCCCGACGACUGUGAAUACACGGAUGCCCAUGGUCGGUCCCGAACACACAUGCUAGAAGAAGAACUUGCACGCCUUCGGGCUCGAGUAGAAGAACUCGAACAUCCUGAGCAGACUACGCCCACAGUUGCACUCCACCAUCCUUACUCAUUGCCCGACGUCCCGCAAGGCUCCUCUUCCUCACUUGGUUUCCAACCUUUCCAUAUCCCUGCGCCAGUUUCAUCUGCAUCAAGUCCUGGAGCGUCGUCGAGCUCUAGUGGUAAAAUUACUUGGGGUGAUAUUAGCCCGAGCAGCUGGUGGGCUCAAGAAGAGCCUCCGAGCCACCUUGUACUGGAAUCUUUGACCAAGAUCUUGCCUUGUGCGGAUGAACUUGGCUUUUUCCUACAUAUACCGCGCGUACGCGCCUCACUUAUGACUACCGCUUCCCGUGGUAUCCCUAUUGCAUUGCAAAACGCCAUUAUUCUAUUAUGUCUCCACAUUACGGAAACGACGCAGACCGCCUUCGAGUCGACGUUGCUAUCGACAUCUUUGCGUCAACUAGUUGACAUCAUUCCUUCUUGCGGCACAAGCACUCGAGAUUUGCUGCACGUCCUACAAACAGAAGUCUUGCUUACAUAUUACUUAUUCCGAGUCGGACGGACAGUCGAGGCGAGGUACCAUUUAGGCGCGGCGGCCAACCUUGUUCUGGCAUUCCGACUUUAUUCUUCUUCUCCUUCUGAAGGAGAACCAAAUACACCUGCAGAUAUGCAAUUUAUGCCCUUCGAUAUAUUCAGGACUACCCUUCCAAAUCCGGUAGACGAUGUUGAGCAGACAGAAGUCAUACAUGCAUUCUGGAACAUCUUCACUCGAGACAAGAGUAUGUCCGCCGUUUUGGGCCUUCCGCCUAGCAUCGGUAGAUCUAUUCGGGUAACCGUCCCUUGGCCUGGACGAAUGCAGUUAUCCGAUCAAGAUAUCCGCCUCGUGGACCACAGGCAAGGAACCACACCUCAAGUAGACACCGUACAACAGUUCCUUGACGGAUUGAGUAGAAAUGGAGAUUCCGACUCAGCGCUUGCCUUUCACGCAAAAGCAGCUGUGCUUCUUGACAAGGCGAACGAUCUAUUUGAGCAAUACACGUCAGAUUCACGAGUCAAAGAAACACGGUCAUUCCAAACGCAAUUUACAUUACUCGACGCACUCAUACAACACCUUCAAUUAUCUAUUUCGUCCAGUCUGUCCUUGACAACUGAGGCGUCACCAUCGUCCUCGCAAUCGAGUCUCACACCUCCGUCAUCUCAUUUUGUUUCUCGUCGUUCAGUUCACAUACAGUCCCUUCUAUCCCUCGCUACCAUCCGCUUGCACAGCCCCUUCCGUGAAUCCUAUGCCUCAUCUAAUGCCAAGAUCAUCACCGCAGCCAUGCUCAUAGCGCGUGCCCUGCAAUGCGUGAACAUAGAUACAUUGCAAUCUUUUGAUCCUGCCUUUAUAAUAUGGAUCAACGCUUCCUUCGUUAUACACGCGGAAAUCACACGUUUGCGCGCCUUAACAGCAGACUGGACAACUCAGCUCCCCGUGCGUCGCGAAGAAGAACUUGUCCAGGCCCUAAGGACCAUAUUAGGCGUAUUGAAAGACAUUGCGGACCAUUGUCCUGUGCUCAUACUGCGGAAAAAGCUAGAAACAGUAAUACCCCUUCUUGAGUACCUCGGUGCUCAGUAA